CGGUUCUCACUCUUUCUCUUACAAAAUGAAAAGAACGAAAGCGGUGGACGACAACGUAGCACCCAGGAGAUCGGUCAGGAUAAGGAAUGCUAAUUUGCAAACCAAAGAUCCCGAGGAGGACGUCAUGCCAUUGAACGUUGCGAAAAAUACCAGUAACAACACGAGCAAAGAUGACGCAACGGUGGCCAAGCGCAAAAAAACCCAUAAUCUACACGUUGACAUGAAUCUGCAGCCAGUUGUCGUUUUAGAACGCAUAAAUAUUGACGACUUCUUUGCAAAAGAUUCCGAUCCUCCGUCAGGAAAAAAAACACCAAAGAAGAAAAUUCAAAAAGGCGAGAACACUAAACGCCUGAAGAAUGUCAGUUUCAAGGACGACAUCGUGGCACCCAGGAGAUCGGUCAGGUUAAGAAAUGCUAAUUCGCAAACCCAAGAUCCCGACAAGGACGACAUGCCAUUGAACGUUGCGAAAAACGCCAGUAACAACACCAGCAAGGAUGAUGCAACGGUGGCCAAGAGCAGAGAACCACAUAAUCUGCACGUUGACAUGAAUCUGCAGCCAGUUGUCGUUUUAGAACGCAUAAAUAUUGACGACUUCUUUGCAAAAGAUUCCGAUCCUCCGUCAGGAAAAAAAACACCAAAGAAGAAAAUUCAAAAAGGCGAGAACACUAAACGCCUGAAGAAUGUCAGUUUCAAGGACGACAUCGUGGCACCCAGGAGAUCGGUCAGGUUAAGAAAUGCUAAUUCGCAAACCCAAGAUCCCGACAAGGACGACAUGCCAUUGAACGUUGCGAAAAACGCCAGUAACAACACCAGCAAGGAUGAUGCAACGGUGGCCAAGAGCAGAGAACCACAUAAUCUGCACGUUGACAUGAAUCUGCAGCCAGUUGUCGUUUUAGAACGCAUAAAUAUUGACGACUUCUUUCCAAAAGAUUCCGAUCCUCCGUCAGGAAAAAAACACCAAAGAAGAAAAUUCAAAAAGGCGAGAACACUAAACGCCUGAAGAAUGUCAGUUUCAAGGACGACAUCGUGGCACCCAGGAGAUCGGUCAGGUUAAGAAAUGCUAAUUCGCAAACCCAAGAUCCCGACAAGGACGACAUGCCAUUGAACGUUGCGAAAAACGCCAGUAACAACACCAGCAAGGAUGAUGCAACGGUGGCCAAGAGCAGAGAACCACAUAGUGAGUAGUGACGAUACAUUGUUGCCGUUUAGCUUAAAAAAAAGUUAUAUUGUUAAAAUAUUUCUGUUAUUUGUUAUUUUUUAGUCAAGUCCCAUAUAGUUAAAGGUACCAAUAAAUUAUUUUUGUUAAAUCAUCUACCUAGUUGAAAAUUAUUUUAAACAUUUGCAUAGUGAUUUGGAUAU